AAGCUCACCGGCACCACUGCUACUGUUCCGUCGGCACACCGAUCACGUACCCUGCCGUGGCCUUCCCUCUGCCCCAGCCGGCUUCAUAAAAUAAUUCCCUCCGGUCAAAGGAUCCUCAACACAUUUUUGGCAGCCCAUCAUGACUGCCGAAAGCACCGCCACCUCAAGCUACUGGUUGAAUUGGCGGUUCUUUGUUUGUGCACUUUUCGUCUUGUUCUACUUGGUGGUGGCCACAAUUUUAAUUUCCAAAUUCGAAGGCCGGAAAAGAUCGAAUCGUCGGGGUGCAGGAAACCAGACGGUGAGUCCCGGGGAGGUAUAUAAGGAGGAAGCUUGGAAUACAAGUCUCAAAAGCAUUCAUCCCGCUUGGCUGCUCGGUUUUCGAAUGUUGGCUUUCAUCACGCUCUUAACGUUGCUAGUGCUCAAUGUCGUCAUCGACGGAUUCAGCAUCUUCUUCUUUUAUACUCAGUGGACUUUUACUUUGGUCACGACAUACUUUAUGCUUGGAUGUGUAAUCUCCAUUUACGGAUGUCAAAAACACUGGGCACAAGCUCGUUGCGAUAGCGCCGAUCGUGUGAGUUCAGAUACCGAGCAGGACACCCAUGAAUCCAAUGAGUCUGAACUUUCGGAUGACCGCGAAAUAGACGGUCGAUGGAUUUAUGCCUUUCAAAUUAUGUAUCAAGCUUCUGCCGGUGCAUCAAUGCUCACUGAUUUGGUAUUUUGGAUCAUUCUGUUUCCAUUUCUGAAGUCGAUACCAUACGGUGUCGAUUUGAUGCUUAUUAUCUCUAUGCACUCUGUCAAUGCUGCUUUCCUACUCUGUGACUCAAUUUUGAAUUGCAUGGAUUCUCACAUUGUGGCAUCUGUCUCUUUGCAGGUGGCCAUAUCCAUUCCUUGA